GCCCAGCAGCCAGCCAGAGACGGCGAGCCAGACACCGGCGGACACCGGCGACGCGACGACGCGACGCCCAGCGACGCCACCAAAGCAGGCGCCAGUGCUGCAGAAGGUCCGGUUGCGGGCCGGUGCAUGCAGAUGGGACGUCUGUUUGCUUUCGUUAGUAGUUCGACCCGCAGCAGCAUGGCGUGGACUGCGCUGCCGCUGCUGCUGCUCGCGUGCACGUCGUGGACGGCGUCCGCGGACAGCUCGCCGACGAUCCCCUUGAGCUACGUCCUGGCCGACACUGCGUUCCUGGCGGACGAGAUCAGCUCCAAGGAUGGCCUGGCAGGCGCGGACGGCAUGUCGCGGGUCCUGGAGUACCUCCACCACGUGGAGCGCACGGUGGGCGGCAUAGCGGCCCCGUUUGACGGACACCCUCGCUCAAGGAGACAGCUCCCUACGGACCCUCUGACGACUCUGACCGAGGACCACCAAGGCGUGUUCUUGCUCAAGAAGCUGGUGCCGACCUUCAACAUCCCGGCCAAGUUCCCGAACGACGUGGUCCUGUUCUCGCGCAUGGAGGCCGGCGAGGAGGCGUGGUACGCCGCGGCGCUGGAGGCGGACGGAGAGAACCCGCAGCUGAGUCUGGCUAACUCGCUCGUCCUGUACAAGCUCAUGGGCACCCGGUUUUUGGAGCAGGACCGCAAGGUGACGUUCGGCGGGUCGACGCUGUCCGUGCAACAGAUCGACGGCUGGACGUACUUGGUGGCGGCGGAGCGGACUUCACACUUGCGCGCCGCCCCGGAGAACGGCCCCAUCCUGUACCGCCUGUCCCUCGACGGCAAGAAGCUCAUCACCGUCAUGACGCUGCAGACGCACAACCCUAGCGACGUCUUCUUCUGGCAGUUCAUGAACUCGCACUACUUGGCCGUGGCCUCCGAGUUCACCAACACGACGCAGGGGCUGUCCUUCGCGGCCGACACGCUGGUGUACAAGUGGUACGGCGAGCACCUGGACAUCGUGCAGAGGCUGCGCACCAGCGGCGCCAAGGCCGUCACGUCUUUCACCAUCGACUCGAACCAGUACCUCGUCGUGGUGAACCACGCCAACGACGCAGGAGAAACCAGCCUCCAGUCGACAGUGUACCGCUUCGACGUCGUGACCGGCGCGUUCGUGGUGCACCAGCACCUCCGCACGCACGCCGCCGUGGACGCGAGCUUCUUUACGAUGCGGCACGCUCGCGGCCAGGAUCACUUCCUCGCGGUCGCCAAUGAGUACUACCAAGGCCUCGACCAGACGAAGAACUACGAAACCAGCUCUGUCAUCUACAAGUGGUCGGACGGCUUCUUCGUGCCCUUCCAGAGCCUCCGGCUCGUUGGGGCGUCGCGUUGGGCCUCAUACUCGGGCCCUCACGACGAGAUGGUCCUGCUCGGCACCAGCACGCACGGCCUCCACGGCUUCCAGUACGACGGCUGGCGCUUCCGCCAGUUGACGUUCCCGGGGGACAUGUUCGGCUCUGGAGCGGACAUCUCCUCCUUGCGCACCACCGUCUACGGCAGCAAGGGCCUCGUAGUCGUCGCCCGCAAGCAGAACGCUGGCGUGCACGCGAACGUUUUCGAGCUGCAGUUCGAGAAGUCCAUGCAGCUGGAUCAACUGCAGGAGGAGCUGAGCUUCUGGUGCAACAAGGAGCUCGGGGAGCUGGCCCGCCGCUCCGCCGCCCAGAUGUUGGAGCGCGUCAACGCGGCGCCGAAGUGGAGCGACGACGUCGUGGAGGUCAACUCCAUCGUCUUCGAGUCCAACAGCACCAUCAACACCCUGGCCACCGGUUCGAUCAAGUCCAAGAGCCAAGUCAUCGACCCCGCAUUCGUGGAGGAUUUGAAUUCUCUCGCUGGCGAACUGGAACUGAGCAGGGAGAAGCUGAAUGAGGCCCAGGCGAUCAUGGAUCAAGCACUGAAACUGGACAGGCACAACACUGUUCGAGGCACCGUGGUGUUGCACAACGCCAGCGUUUCGUGCGUGGGGCCGUGCCGCUUCGGACACGCCGACGUUCGCCUGCUGAACAACGAGAAUGCCGUGAGCCUGGUCAAGAACAUGAUCCGCCUCGACGCCGACGUCUCCACGGAGGGGGCGCUGCGGUUCUCGAGCGUUGUGGUGCCCGGCGACUUGAAGACGAGCAAAGUGCUAGGCGAGGCAGCGCCCCUGGUGAGCAAGGUGCACACGCGGCACCUCCUGGGGAGCCUCGUGGUCAACGAGUUGGUGGUGGACGCGGGCCUCAACGUGGACGGCACCAUCGACGGCGUCCACAUCAGCCCCGAGACGGUGUUGCUCGUGGACGGCGACCAGACACUUAAAGCAGGCAUCGACUCCGUGACGCACUGGCAGGUGGACAAGCUGGUGCUGCACGGCAAGGUGAACGGCAUGACUGUGGACGUGUCACGGCCAGAGCUUCCCCCGGAAGCGCAGCCCUCCACCACGCCCGUGUCCCUGUCCGUCCGAGACGUGAGCUUGGGAGGCCUCCUGGGCGGCGUCGACAUCGUGGACGUGGCCCAGCGCGCGCUGCGCACUCGCGGCACCCAGCAAGUGACAGGCCUCCACUCCUUUGCCAAGCUCUCCGUCCAGGACGCGUUGUCGCGCGGUCUCAACAUGAACGCCAUCGCGCGGACGGACGUCCACCUGGACAAGCUGCCCGGGCCUCUGCGGUUCACUCAACCUCUGGUCGCCGACAAAGUUCAGGUCUACAAGCGGCUGAACCACAUCGCGGUGGCGGCGGACGGGUCCAUGGACCUGCUGCUGAACAAAGCCGGCGGCGGGGCCACGCAGCACGUCGUGGCGCCCAAGUGGCUGCGGCGGCUGCGCGUGACGGACCUGGGCCGCAUCUACGGCCGCAUCCUGGGCCUGGUGCUGCCCGCCGAGGACGAGCCCCUGGUGCGCGUGGUGCAGGACGACAUCCUGGUGGAAGGCGACGUGUCGAUCGCUGGGCGCGUGGACGUGCAAGGCACGGUGACCGCCCCCAACAUCGUGGAGCCUUCUUCGGGCGUCACUGUUCUGAACGUGCUGCAAGACGCCGUGCGGAUCAACGCGCCGCUGCCACCCAACGUGUUGGUGGAGGACCUGGAGGUGUCCAACGUGGAGGUGACGAUGGUGAACGGCGUUCCGACCAACGUGUGGAUCCUGGAUGCUCCCGGACAGGAAGUCCGCCUGACCAAGAUGGCCAAGUUCACGGAGGGGGUGACCGUGACGGGCUCCUCGACGUUGACGGGCACGGUGAACGGCGUGGACUUGCGACUACUGGACGAGACGGCUCUUAAGACUACUGGCGAUCAGGUCAUUUAUGGACACAAGACUUUCCCGAGCAUCACCGCGAACGGUGUCUGGAGCAACGACACGUUGUUGGGCGGCGCGCGGUGGCUGGACCUGUGGGCGCGGCGCAUCUCGCGGCAGGGCCACAACGGCGUGGUGAAGCUGGAGGACGACGUGUCGGUGGACGGUGAAUUGAUCCUCAAGCGACUGACCCUGGACGGCACUCUCGGCGGCGUCAACAUCAGCGCGACGCUCCAGGACUCGGUGUUCCAGGACAGCAGUGUCACCGUCAUUGACGGGCCCAAGACUUUCCGGCAGACCGUGAGCGUGGACAACCUGCACGUGGAGCCGACUGCGACUGGCAGCGACCUGGGCGGCGUCUUCGCUGCCACGGUGCCUGGCGGAGUGGCGCAGCCCGACGGACACUCCUUCGCCUUCCCGUCCCUUGCCAUCAACCGGCCGCUGUCCGUCGCCAAGCUGCGCUACCGCGGCACCUUGGACGGCGUGUCGGACGCGGAGUGGGCCGUGCCCUGGCUGGAGGUGGAGGGCGAUCAGACCCUGUACGGGCCGCAGACCGUGCUCGGCGACGUGGAGGUGAUGGGCAGCGUGACGGCCAACAGCGUCAACAACCUGGAUCUCAAGACGUUCGCGCAACAAGUGGCGAGGAUCGAUGACCCGACCCUACGGCUGGGGACCGUCACUUUCGAUGGCCCCGUGGUGGCCAACGGCUCCGUGACGGCUGGCUCGGUGCGCGGCGUGAACCUGGCCGACGCCCUGCUGGCGCGCGGCGUGCGGGAACAAGAGAUGCGCGGGCGCGUGGUGCUUGCCGGCGGCCUGGAGGCCCAGGGAGUCUUCGACGUGGCGGGCACGCUGGCCGGCGAGGACUUCAAGGCGCUGUGCCGUUUCGCCAGCCCGGCGGCGUCGCAGCUCAACGUGCCGCAGCACCUCGACGUGAAAGGUGACUUGCUGCUCAACGAGGAACCGGUGCUCGGCAAGUCCAUCAACGGCCAGGACAUGCGCAAGCUGCUGAACAACACGUGGCUGAGGGACCGGGGCGCCAAGAUCACCGCCAGGAUGGAGUUCGGCGACGUGCAGUUCACCAACGACGUGAAUGUCAAGAGGCACAUCGACGGAGUUAACCUGGAGGCCGUUGCCCAGCGGUACGUGAGCCUGACCAAAGACGAGACGAUCUCGACCAGCAUCCGGGUGACCAAGGACAUUAAGGUGGAGCGCAAGAUCGUGACCGACGUCGUGGAUGUCGGUGGGCUGGUGGGCGGCAUUCGCCUGGCGGACUUCCCCAAGCUGGUGCUGAUGGAUGGCCCGGACCAGGACGUGCUCGCCCGCAUGAAGUUCGGCAUCGUGGAGACGACGGGCGGCCUGAGCCUGGACGGCACCAUCAACGGCCUGGACUUGUCUCGGGACGUGGUGCUCAUCAAGGACAACGCCGCCGCCUCGCUGGACCACAACGUGGUGCAGGGCAGCAAGGUGGUGCAGGGCAACGUCUACGUGACCGACCUCGCACUGCAGGAGGACACGCGAGUGCAGGGCGUCGACUUGGCCGCGUGGAACCGCGACGCCGUGCGCGUCUCUGGCGACUACGUCAUCACCGGCUCCAAGACGCUGCACCAGCCCCAAGUGGUGGGCGGCCUCAACGUGGACGGGCUGGUGGCGGGUGUUCGCGUCAACGCCUCGCACCUCCUGCUCCGCCACUCCGACCAGCUGGUGACUGGCGUCAAGACGCUGGUGCCCGCGCCCUUGCCCGGGCUGGGGCUGCGCGUGCAGUCGCUGGAGGUGAUCGGCAAGGUGAACGGCGUCAACAUGCGCGAGCUGCUGGCCAACCAGGCCUACAAGACGAGCGACGUGGCUGUGCUGACGCCCGUGCACCUGGCGGCGACGGCGGAGCUGCACUCGAACGCGGCGUGGGUGGACGGCACGUACCAGGGCAUCAACAUCACUGACAUGAUCUACGCGGCGCAGCACCCACUCACCCUGGAGCAGUACGCCGCGCAGCACGAGGCCCUGCGCAGGACGGCCGAGCACGUGCAGCAGAGCCUCCAAGCCCAAGGCUACUACCUCAACUACUACCACACGGCCGUGUCGCUGCGCGUGGGCGUGAGCGCUGUGCUGCCACUGGGUCGCGCACCCGAAGACUCCGCCGCCGACCCCGCGUUCGCCAUCGCCAUCGUGAUGGAGCACGGCGUCGGCCAGAGCUUGACUGUGGACUUCUUCAGCUGGGACACCGAGCAGAGCACCAUCGUCUCGCACCCGACUCUCCGCCGCCGCGUGUCACUAUCCCGCACCGUGCGUCUCAUCGCGCCCGCCACCUACGCCGGCCUCAACGCCCUCUACUGGGAGGAGGAGGAGAGCUCUGGCGUGUUCGUGGGCCGCGUCAUGGGGAUCCUGCGUGACGGCCGCCUGGGCAAGGCCGAGGUGCUCCGAAGCACGCUGGCCAGCGCCUGGGUGUCGAUGACGGAGGUGGGCGACAUGGCCUGCCUGAUCCGCGGCUCUCCCGGGGCGUUCGAGCGGCGCGACGGCUUCUGCUCCAUGCACUGUCUGGGCCAGGGCAAGGAGAACCUCGUGGAGCUGCCGCUGGACGCACCCCGACCAACUGACGCCGUCGCCCUCACCGUGCUCGGCGUCCCGCACGUGUUCGUGGCCUCUGGCGCCAGCGAGGUGUCUGAGGGAGAAGUGAACGUGUGGCGCUGGGAAGGCUCGACGCUGCGCCUGUCGCAGAACAUCGGCGUGGUGAACGCGUCGUCGCUGGCCGUGACUGAGUACCGCGGCGUGCACUACCUGGCCACCGCGUCGGGCCACGUCGCAGAUUCCCCCCACGAGGGACUGGUGCACAUCAGCAGGUUCUACUCGGACAAGUGGGUGCACUGGAUGAGCGUGGAGGUGGAGGGUCCGCGGUCCAUGCAGUUCGCCACGUUGCCCAGCGGCCAGCUUGUGCUGUACGUGGCCACCACCUGCCCGACGGACAGCUUGGUGGUGCUUCAGUACCGCGGCGUGUCCGGCUUCGUCCGCCGCGCGUCCGCGGCCGUGCCCAUGGGAGGCGUGCUGAGCGCCUUCACCACGUCACGACACCACCACCUGGUGGCCGUGAGCGGAAGCCGGCAGGCCGCACUGCUGCAGGCCGCCUUCAAGGGCAACUGGGAAGCUUCGGAGCUGGCGGCCAGAGCCGUGGCCAGGGGUGGUUGAAGCUCUUGAAAGGAAUAUGGAUUUUGCAUAGCUUCGCCAUCUACUUCUGAAUGAACUAUCUGUGUCGUUAAAGUGAAACUUAUGUACUUCAUUUAUCAUGAAAUGAGCCAAUUGUUUUCUGUUCUUGUUGAAUGUUAUAAAUUAUUGGUUAUUAAAAUUUGUUUAGAAAAAAAAAA